AUGAAUAUUUAUGCAGAGAUUGUUCACUUUCUACCGCUCAAAGUUAGUGGAUUACCAGUAGGAGGACGGCUCUGUGAUAGAAUAUCGCGCGCGCAUUUGGAUUAAGAUUCAUCAUUUUCGUAAUUUGUCCCUUUUCCUCAAACUGUGAAGUCGCGUGAAGGACAGCACUCAAAAGCUGAGAGGAUCUCGAAGUGGACAAAGACGUGCCUUGCACAUUACUCCAAAGACUUUGGCGGUUUUUCCCCCCCCUUUCUUUCGCUUUUGUGUAAAAUGCCGAGACUUCGCCCAUCACCCUCUGCCUGCAUCAAACUGGGUUGGUCAUUUGGAAGGACGCCAGACCGCAGCCUUUCUAAUCUGCAAGUUCGGUCCGAUAAAUUGUGACAGAAGCUGUCAGCGCUGAAUAAGAAAUCAAUACUCAAGAAAGCGACGCGACAUUCUUCUGGAAUUUUAACGAUUUAUUUGCCUCUUGUCUUUAACAAUGCGGAUUGAAGCUCGCUUUGAACGGUCCAACUACUCACCGUUUCAGCGGUAGCGGGGCUGAUAGUGACAGAUUAUUGUUGUUGAGUGUCCAUGCAAGACUUGGGGGGGAAAACAUGUCUGGCCACUGCUCUGAGAGGAUCACUGCUAUCAGAGAUGGCAUUUUGGUCCAGCACUUCGGUCUUUACUUCUAAAGUGCCCCGGAAAAUCUUAUUCAUGUUUACCCUUUCCCUCUCUGUCACAUAUCUGUUCUAUAGUUUAAUGAGCUGUUAUAACUCGAUACAGUUUCCCCUGCAAGAAAACUACGUUUAUCAGGCUAGGCUAGUCACUGAGGAAACAACUUUUGUGACACUGAGGGCGAAACUUUAUUCCACCUCUUCCCGAGGUUUUUUCGAUGAAGAGUUUAUAGAAAGAACAGCCACAGAACAAACUAUUGUUAUUUCUACCGACAAAAACAAUGUGGUGGUCGAGGAAAGGACCCCGGAAUGGGACCGAGCUGAUCCGGCUACGACUAGCAACGUCGCGGGGUUACACACGGCUGCCAUGGAGCGGGAGCACCAGGAAUUCAGUACCACGGACAGCGAACUCAGGAGAGUGGUAAAUUGCACCUCGGAUUACGGGGAGAAAAAAUUACCCCAGGCCAUUAUAAUAGGGGUGAAGAAAGGAGGUACUAGGGCUCUGCUCGAGGCUUUGAGGGUCCAUCCCGACGUUCGGGCGGUCGGAAAUGAGCCUCACUUCUUCGACAGGAACUACGAGAAGGGUCUUGAUUGGUACAGGGACCUGAUGCCUUCAACGCUGGAGGGCCAGAUCACAAUGGAGAAAACUCCCAGCUACUUUGUCACCAAUGGCGCCCCAAAACGCAUCCACUCUAUGGCCAAGGACAUCAAACUCAUCAUAGUUGUUCGCAACCCCGUAACCCGGGCCAUCUCAGACUACACGCAGACUCUGUCCAAGAAGCCUGAGAUCCCUGCCUUCGAGGUCCUCGCAUUCAAGAACCGGACACUGGGCCUGAUCGACGCAUCGUGGAGUGCCCUGCGCAUCGGAAUCUACGCACUUCACCUGGAGAGCUGGCUGCAGUACUUCCCACUCUCACAGAUGCACUUUGUGAGUGGAGAGCAGCUCAUAGUCGACCCAGCUGGUGAGAUGGCCAAGGUACAGGACUUCCUGGGCCUCAAGCGCAUCGUCACGGACAAGCACUUCUAUUUCAACAAGACCAAGGGCUUCCCCUGCCUGAAGAAGCCCGAGGACAGCAGUACUCCACGGUGCCUUGGCAAGUCCAAGGGCAGAACUCACCCAAAAAUAGACCCGGACGUUAUCCGCAGACUGCACAAGUUCUACAGGCCCUUUAACAAUAUGUUCUACCAAAUGACAGGGCAGAAUUUCCAGUGGGAGAUUGAGGAAGUAGGGGAGACCCCCAGUUCUCGGGACUGAUGGCCCGAGCGCAUGGAUGUCCCCCCCAUAGCCACUCCACCAGCCUUCUCUGAGAGAGAACCCACACAUGCAGCAUCCAUGCGGACCAUGCUUCGGUACAGCCUAUCACUCAUGGCUGUCCUUGCAAAAGUGUCUGUAUUAAUAGCAACAGUUUUACUGUUUUGCUCUUUAACCCCACAUCCCUCACCCCCCCUUCC